AUGUCGGAUGGUGGUGGCGAUGCUCUCGCGCAACAACAACAACAACAACAACAGCAAUUAAUCCAACUCCUGACCGCGUGCGUGUCUCCGGACGAACACGCGAGAAAAGAUGCGGAAAGGAUGGUGCAAUCCUCCGGGGCGGUUUUUGGGUUCGGGGAUUUACUCUGCCGAACGGCGUUUGGAUUGGAUGAUGUUGUUGAUGGACAUCAUCAUCUCAACAUUCCAAUGGAUAUUCGACAACUCGCGGCGCUUUUAUUAAAGAAAUACGUCAGAGAACGAUGGCAAGUCGGGGAACAUUUUUUUAUCGAAGGCGAGCCGAUGACUUCGGUGGAAGAAAAGAUGGCAAUUCGUGGGAAGAUAUGCGCGGGUUUACGAAUGAAAGAUUCAAAAAUGAGAACUGCGUGCGCGCUGGUCAUCGCGCAGAUUGCCACGCACGAUUGGCCGGAAGAGUGGGAAGGUUUGCUUGGGGAAUUAUUAGUUCCCAUACGAGAGAAGAGGGACGUGGACCACGUAAACGGCGCUUUGAGGUGCAUGUCGAUGCUUUGCGGGGAUUUAGAGGAACGGCAGUUACCGAAACUGGUCCCGGAGUUGUUUCCUGAUUUGUUCGGGUUGUUACAAGCCUCGGACGAUGGUUUAAACGGAAUCGACAAGGAUCAGAUGACCAUGGUGAAGUGUCGAGCGUUAGACGUAACGAGGGGAUGUUAUUCGAAUCUUGGGAUGAUUGGGGACGAUCAAAUUCGGUUUCAGAUCAAAGAGGCGGCGAAGCCGUUUCUGGAGAGCAAUUUUGUCGCCUACGGGAACAUUUUUGAGUUUCGCUCGGACGUGUUUGAGACCACGGGUGGGUGCACGUUGACACUGUCCGCGUUGAAAGCGAUGCAAGCGACGGUUCAGUAUUUCGGGAAGGAGAUUACUGGUGGGCAAGUGGUUUCCGAGCAAACGUUCGGAGGGUGCGUGGAGCGAUUUUUCCACGUCUUUGAAAAAGCCGCGAAUAGGUACGUGCAAUGCAGAGGCGUGGAGGUGGACGCGUUGGACGAUUGCGAGGAUGAUAUGGGGGAUAAAGUUUCCAACGCCGCUGUCGUGACUCAGUGCAUGGAACUCGCGAUGACGAUGAUUGAAAGCACGAAGAUUGCGAAGAGUUGUAUUCAACCGAGACUGAAGAGUUUGGUAUCUAUCGCGGUGGCGACAUCGUUAACCACGGACGACCAGUUAGAGACGUGGGAAGACGACGUGAACCAAUUCGUCGCGGACGAAGAGGACGAUUACCAAUCCGUGAGAGCGACGAGUGGGAUAUUUUUAGCUACUGCGUGUGCCAAGUUCUCGAAAAUCUUUUACGUCGUUUUUGCGGAAGUCGUCGCCGAACUUUUCUCGCAGUCCUUUGAGGAGCAAAAUAACAACGACGAAAACUGGUGGCGACGCAGAGAGGCGGCUUUGUUAGCCGUUGGAAGCGUCUCGGAUGAAUUAGUAGAGCAAGAUAAAGAGGCCAGAGGAAAAAAUAUGAGUCCCGCGUUCGAUUGUAACGCUUUUUUGAAUGAGAUUAUCCGGAGCGAAUUCACGGCAACCCCUACGUCCUCCAAUCCGUUUUUGAAAGGGCGCGCGUUGUGGACAGCCAGUCGUUUAGCCGCCGCGGCGUCGGCGGAAGGUGCGAAUGCGAUUUUAGACGCGAGCGUGAACGCUCUGAACGAUCAAAGCGCGCAGUUUCCGGUAAAAAUAGGGGCAUGUCGCUCACUCAUCGCUUUCGUACCGAUGGCGAUCAAAUCCACGCAAAAGAGCAAGAAGGAUGAAAAAGAAGUAGGAGAACAACAUCAAAUCAGCGCGGAGGAUCAAGUUAAAGUCCAAAAACUACUCUCGCGAUUAGGUGAUGUGUACCAAGGUCUCGGCCACCUCUUAACUGACGCGACCGAGGAAGCGUUAGUGCUCAUUCUGGAAGCUUUAUUGAUUGUCGUCAACUGCGACGGCGACGCGGCGUUGCAAUGGCUUUCGCUGUUAGCGCCAGCUAUCAUGAGAAUUUGGGCAGAGAACGUUCGGGACCCGUUUUUAGGUGCAACCGCGAGAGAUGUCAUACAAGCUUUGGCGAAUCAACCGAAAUGUAACGCGGAAUUGACGCAGUUGCUCGUUCCCGAGUUGGCGAGAGUGUUUCGAACGCCGGAGGAACAACCGGAAAUGUUGGUCGAAGCGUCGUUGGACAUUUUGGCGUGUUUGUUGAAAGCGUGCGUGGACGAAAACGUCGCCAGGGGUGCGUUUGUGGCCACUUUUGAAAACGUUGCGACGCUCGCGAAAACAUCGGACGACGUCGGCAUCGUCCAAAACGCUUUAGACGCGAUGAAAGCCUUUCUGAGAGCGGCGAAAGGCGAAGCGAUUUUAUCGUGGGGUGGGUCAGAUCCCUCGUCAGUUUCUCGAGCUUAUUUAGACGCGUGCGCGACUUCGUUACAGCCGCACUGCGAAGAAGGCGCGGCUUUGUUUGUCGCGCCUCUUUUAGGUCAAAUGAUUCGCCGAUUACCGUCCAUCAUUGGUCCGAUGAUUCCAGAAAUGUGCGACGCGGUGUGCGCUCGAUUACAGACCGCCACUCGUCCAAUGUUGAUUGCUUCGUUAUUGUGUAUUUUCGCUCGCUUAGCGCAUGUGGACGCGAACGCGUUGGUUACUUUACUCGCCUCGCGCGAAAUUCAACCGUCUCCGGAAAACGAAAACAGCAAAACGCAACUUGAGUUUGUCCUUAAAAAAUGGUGCGAAGGCCAACCGGACGUCCACGGUCGAUUCGACGUGAAACUGACUUCGACCGCGCUCGGGCUCAUCUUAGCCACGCAACAUCCGACGUUAAUCGACGGCUCCAUCGUUCUCAAGGGUAGACCAAUAGAAGUUGAGUUACCCCCGGGAACAAUCCGAACGCGAUCUCGAGCGAAGCAAACCGGUCCCGAACAGUUCACGCAAGUCUCCGCGCCUUCGAAAAUCAUCAGUCUCCUCGCGGAUUCCUUGGCCGAAGCGAAAGAGUUGGAAGCGGAUGAGUGGGAAGAAGACGACGGCGGUGGUGGCUUAAACGGCGAAGAAUUCGACGACGACGACGAAAACGACGACGAAGACGACGACGACGAGCCCACCGGCUGGUCCGGCGACAUCUUUGAAAAAAUCAUGCUCAAAGGUUUGCUCGACGGCGACUUUUUCGACGACGAAGAAGCCGACGACAAAGACGACCCGAUCGACGACAUCGAACUCGUCCCUUUCUUAGAGGAAGGAUUUAAAAGGUUACAAAGUACCACCGGUGGACUUCUCGAUGCCGUCGCGAACGAUCUGACCGAAAGCCAGAGAGUGACUUUAACCAAAGUCUUUUCGUCGUCGUCGCGAUAA